GUCAUUAUUGUGGAAGAGUUGCUACUUGGGGGCCUGAAAUCGGAUGAAGCGCACAGCCACGAUUUGGGUUACACAUUUGAAAAUCAGGGGGCUUCCAUAUUGCAGUCUUGAGCUCGGUCUCCCUGGGAAGGUGGGGCCACCAGCCCCAUGCCCCCGUUGCACGGAUCAGCUGGAGCAGAAUCCCGGCUUCCCUCCGGAUGGGCCUGUCCAUGCCCGCGCUCACUGCCAAGAUCUCUCUGGCCCCUACGGACACGAGUUUGCGACCUCUGAGUCACUGGGUGGGCUCGUGGGGUCUCACUCUGGAGCUCACAGUCGUACGGAGAAGACAGCACCAGCCGGGGAGGAGGGCGGCGCGCGCGAGGGUCGCCUUCUUCCCAGGGCACCGGGGGCGUGGGAUGAGCAGAAGUCCCGAAUCCAGGCCAUGAAGCCCAUGACCAAGGAGGAGUGGGAUGCCCGGCAGAGCAUAAUCCGCAAGGUGGUGGACCCCGAGACAGGGCGCACCAGGCUAAUUAAGGGAGAUGGUGAGGUCCUAGAGGAAAUCGUAACCAAAGAACGACACAGAGAGAUCAACAAGCAAGCCACCCGCGGGGACGGCCUGGCCUUCCAGAUGCGAGCUGGGUUGCUUCCCUGAGGGCCCCGGCUGGCCAAGGCCUGUGGACGGUGCUGGCGACCCGGCCUGGGCAGGCUUCAGGGUGCCAGUGGGAAGCCUGAUGAGUGCUGGUGGCCUUUUCCCCGUGGAUUGGCCUCUGGCCCAGCCCAGCCUCUUCUCAGGGGCAGGGGGUGGAGGAUGGGGUCACCAGCCUGCUCGGCACCCCCAUCUGAAACAGCGACACUUCUAAGCUAUUAAAGGUUCUCUGGUUAGA